AUGGUUACUUUAAGCGAAGCAUAUUCAAUUAUUCAUUUAUGUGCUGGGGAAGUUUUAUCAAGAGGAUUAGGUGAAGAGAAUUUAUUCUCGCCCGUUGAAAGUGAGGAUAACCCUGAUGAGGUCAGGUACCUCAUCAAUUGCCUUUUACGUGAUAAUCGUACGGAAUUCGAAGAUGAACUCAAGUUUCAAGACAUUCGUAAUGUAGUUGCCGGUAUUAGGUGGACUCUUAGAAAAUGUGUCACUAGUGUAGUGUCAUAUAAAGAUUACCAAAACUUUGUUCGUCUAGAAAUUGGUAUAUUCAGUAAAUUUAUAUAUAAUCUCUCAAAACCAAGCCAGGCAAUCCUUUUGGAAUUAUUUGAAUUAUUUUCUCAAGUUAUGACUCAUGCGCAUAUAAACAAAAUUCCUGCUCAAAGAAUAAUUAAAUCAAUGGCACAUUUUAUUGUCGGUGAUAAAGAACUUAAAUUUGAAAAUUUUAGUGCGGCAUAUACUAAAUGGUUAAGAUGUUCUAAUGCAUGUACGCAUUUAUUUCUCGCUUAUUUACGAGAAAGAGCUUGUUCUGCUAGCAUUCCACCUCGGUUGAACAUUUUAUUAGAUGGUUAUGUACAAUUUCGUAAAAAAUCAAGAUCUUCUCCAGAUUAUCAACAUCCAUUAGCUGAUAUUACCAUUGAGGACUUACAAUUGAUAAUUCGGCCAAAAAAACAACGUCAGAUGAAUCCACGACAAUUCGAUUCCAUGAGGAGUAGUGGAUUAUCUCGACAAGUUGAUCCUACAAGGAAUAGUAGUGGAUUAUCUCGACAAAUUGAUCCUACAAGGAAUAGUAGUGCGAAUAAUGGAACUCCACACCAAUCCAUCUUACUUAAUAAUGGAGCCUCACGAGGAUCCGGCAUUGUAUUGAAUAAUAAUGGAAAUGUACGACAAUCUAACGUUACAAUGAGUAACAGGCAAACUAAUUCUACAUUGUUGAAAUCAAUGCUCAAAAAUGGAGCCCAUGAGAGUGUGGCUUCUAGAGGUUCAUUAACCAUCGCUGAAAUGUUUCCAGACAUUGCUGAAUCAUUAGAAUCAUUGAGAAGAAAAACAGCUUAUCAAAAUCUGGAAAAUAUAAUUGAAGAUUCAAAUGUUGCUACACAUAAAUGGGAUGAAUUACAAAUUAAAGGAUUUAAUGUACUUUCUGAGGAAGCCUUGAAAUUAUUCUUUUCCUAUGACGACAGAACCUCAAAUCCUUGUGCUAGUAUCGUACGAAAACGUAGUAGGAAAAGAUUUAACAAAAAAACUUUUGAUGAACGAUUUUUAGAAAUGAUUCCCAAUAUUGAAAUUAAUCGUGAAACAUUAAGAGAUACCUUUUAUCAGAGUGAAGGAAAUAAUUCAAGAAUUUCCAUGCGAACAACUGUUGUAUGGGAUGAAUUCGAGAAGAAAGGUUUUAGAGAUUCAUUAGGUACUAAUUCAAAUAUCCUUAGUCUUUGUUCUACUUUAGGAAAAUCAACGGUUUCUAUACCUCUUUCUGAGUUAACUGAGGCAACAAAUACCGAUAUAACCAAUACUGAUGUUACUAAUCCUGAAGUAAUCAACACUUAUGUUACUAAUCCUGAAGUAAUCGAUACUUAUGUUACUAAUCCUGAAGUAACCAAUUCUGAGAUUAACGAACCGCAACCGCAACUUGAAGAAAUACAAUUACGAACUCAAGAAAGAUCUCGACCGAUUAAUCGACAAGGUAAACGGAAAAAUAAUAAAAUUUUUAGAAAGACUAUUUGCUUUUUAUGCUUACGACCUGGAUCGGGUGUUUCUGGAUUUUCCGUUACCAUGGAAACGGACGAAGAUCAAGAUGAAACAAAUCCUAUGAAUUCUCACGUGACCAUAGAACCUAUUAACAACAAUUUCCCAUACAUGUGGGUUGAAUCUAGUGCUAAUGUAAGAAAUGAAAAAGAGCCUUGGGAAUGGGUUUUUGUCGAACCUCGAGAUGAGAGACACGAAACAGAAUGGAUUAUGUUUGAAGAUAAAGGAAAAUUCCUUUCUGAACGAGAAAAAGAAAAACGUAAAUCACGUAAAAAAUCUCUUUUGAACACUUUGAAUACAAUGAUGCCAUGGUCAAAAUCAAAUCGUCGCAACAAUUCUGAUACAAUAGAAUUUAACAAUGGUGAAGGUUCUUCAUUAAUACCACAAGGAGAUUAUUAUCCUCAAGAAAUUUAUGAUGAUUAUAUACAAGAGGAGGAAGAUAACGAUAUUGUAGUAAAUACUAUGCCUUAUUCACGACAAAGUAAUAACAGUAAUAAUAUUAAUUAUAAUAAUAAUUAUAAUAUUAAUUAUAGUUCUCCUUUGUCGAUCGUGACACGAGGAGAUAAUGAUAACAAUUCUACAUACAGUGAAUCAACAUCACCAAAUUUAAUUAAACGAAAUAUACUUUCAUUAGGAUAUGACGAUAUUUCAGUUUCUUCAUUAGCAUUUAAUCAAGAACAAUAUAAUGAACAAUCAUAUGUAUUAGCUAGCAGAAGAGUUUUACAAACACAACAAUAUCCACCUUAUCGCACGUUAAAUGAGAGACCAUCAUAUCAGAUGCCUGCUAUACAAUCAAAAAAACCUGAAACAAAUAGGGAAAGGGAAAUUAAAUUUUGGUAG